AAAUGUGUGUUUUCGCAAACAUUGCGGCGUAUUGAACAAUUCUUCAAGUUUUCUGCAUCGGAGUGUGUAAUUUCUCAGGCUAAUAUGACGAAAAAGAAACCAUUAGGAGUUGGGUUGAGCCGGGACGAGCGAAUGCUGAUAGUCGUCGGUGAAAUCAUUCAGGAACUCCUGAAAGCGCACAAGGAGGGCAAGGAUGUGAAUUUGAAUCGGCUCAAAACACGCAUCUCGUCAAACUAUGGCCUGGAAUCUGCACCUCGGCUGGUGGACAUCAUUGCAGCCGUGCCGCAUGACGCUAAAUCAGUCCUUCUUCCGAAACUUCGUGCGAAACCUAUUCGUACGGCCAGUGGUAUUGCUGUGGUUGCUGUGAUGUGCAAACCGCACCGUUGCCCGCACAUAAACAUGACGGGAAACAUUUGCGUGUACUGCCCGGGUGGGCCGGAUAGUGAUUUCGAGUACUCCACGCAAAGUUACACCGGUUAUGAGCCAACGUCGAUGCGUGCCAUCCGCGCUCGCUAUCAUCCCUUUUUGCAGACGCGCCAUAGAGUUGAGCAGUUGAAACAGCUGGGCCAUUCUGUGGACAAGGUGGAAUUUAUUGUGAUGGGUGGAACGUUUAUGUGCCUGCCGGAGGACUAUCGGGAUUUUUUCAUCCGGAACCUGCACGACGCACUGUCCGGGCACAGCAGUUCGAGCGUAGCCGAAGCGGUGAAAUAUUCGGAAAAAUCUCACACCAAGUGCAUCGGCAUCACGAUCGAAACACGUCCCGACUAUUGUCUCAAGCGGCACCUCUCGGAUCUGCUUUCGUACGGUUGCACACGACUUGAGAUAGGCGUUCAGUCGGUUUACGAGGACGUAGCAAGAGACACCAACCGGGGCCAUACGGUCAAGGCAACCUGUGAAAGCUUUCAGAUGUCGAAGGAUGCCGGAUUCAAGGUUGUUUCGCACAUGAUGCCUGACCUGCCGAACGUUGACAUCGAGCGGGACAUAGACCAGUUUAUUGAGUUCUUCGAAAAUCCAGAUUUUCGGGCAGACGGUUUGAAAAUAUACCCGACACUGGUCAUCCGUGGGACCGGACUAUACGAGCUGUGGAAGACGGGCCGAUACAAGAGCUACCCACCGUCGACGUUGGUAGAUUUGGUUGCGAAAAUCCUCGCCCUUGUGCCUCCCUGGACGCGAGUGUACCGGGUGCAGCGUGAUAUCCCGAUGCCACUGGUUACUUCCGGCGUUGAACAUGGAAAUCUACGCGAGCUGGCGCUGGCACGCAUGAAGGACCUCGGUACGGACUGCCGGGAUGUUCGAACGCGCGAGGUGGGAAUACAAGAAAUACACAACAAGGUGCGUCCGUACGAAAUCGAGCUAAUCCGUCGGGACUACGUGGCAAAUGGUGGCUGGGAAACGUUCCUGUCUUACGAAGAUCCAAAGCAGGACAUUCUCGUUGGCCUCCUUCGGUUGCGCAAAUGCUCACCGGAAACGUUCCGCCCGGAGCUGAUAGACAAUUGUUCUAUUGUACGCGAGCUACACGUUUACGGUUCCGUGGUACCGGUGAAUGCGCGCGAUCCUACUAAGUUUCAGCAUCAAGGCUUCGGUAUGUUGCUAAUGGAGGAAGCAGAACGAAUUGCAAGGGAUGAGCAUGGUAGUAAAAAGCUCGCAGUUAUAUCCGGGGUUGGAACGAGGAACUACUAUCGUAAAAUGGGUUACGAGCUCGAUGGACCGUACAUGUCCAAGUCAUUGAUAUAAAGGUGACAUGAUGAAUGUAACAAACGCUUCGUUAAAGAGUAUGUAAAGGUAUAUUAUAAUUCCAAAAAGGAACUGUUACGUGUAUUCUCUUGUACAACAAUCCGAUAAAU